GAAGCUGACGUGGAGACAAACAACCAAAUCUGCAGCUUAUGUCGCACGAGAUUUAGGCAAACGCAAAUCAAAAGCCACCACUGUCAACAAACCCACAACCCCAGUAGCCCAUGUAACCCUGGUCUCACGCAAAUGUCCUUGGUCGAGUACUCGUCCGACUCCGGGUCCGAGACCGAACACAAGCCGGAGUCAUGCCCGGUCGCCAAGACGGCGGUGUUGGGAGUGGCCUCGACCGGCGGCGGUGACCGGCCCUCGCUUCCACCCCUCCCGCCGUCGUUCCACGACCUCUACGCCUCGACCGUCCGCGCCAGCGCGCGCGACGACCCUUCGCUACACCAGGGGCGGACUCGCCAGAUCCCCCAUGUCGCGGGGAACUGGCCGAGCCAUAUAUACAUCGAGUGGUUCCCAACGCAAGAAGAAUGUGCCACGCUCGCCUCCCUCCUGGACGAGCUGCGCUCAGAGCUGGGCGGCGGGGGUGAGGGUCCCUCGGGCGGCCAGCAGCUGCACAGCUUCCUGGCCAGCGACCUCGGCACGCCGCUGCCGCUGCACAUCAGCCUCUCGCGGCCCUUUGUCCUGACGACCGGGGACAAGGACGACUUCCUGCGCCGCCUAACCGUGGCGGUUGAAGGCCAGACGGCGGUACCGAGGUUCGCAGUCCACCCAUCCGCGCUCUCGUGGCACCGCUCCCCCGACUCGAACCGCGCCUUUCUCGUCCUGCGCGUGCGCGAGCGCGACGACGACGGCGACACCAACCCUGGCCUCGCCGCCCUGUUGGCGAGGUGCAACGCGCUGGUGCGGCAGUUCGGCCAGCCGCCGCUGUACGCGUCGUCCUCCUCCUCCUCGUCGCCGCCGUCGCCGGCCGACGACAAGUUCCACGUCUCGGUUGCCUGGUCCUUCGCCGACGUGACCGAAGACCUGUGCGCCCGGACCGCCGCCGUCUACGGCCGCCCCGGCUUCCGGGACCGCGUGGGCGCCCUGCGGAUCCCCGUCGGGUGCAUCAAGGUCAAGAUCGGCAACGCCGUCGCCAGUUUGGCCCUCUCGGGCGGAGGCCCUCGACGGCCCGUGAGGCAGAAUCUCUUUGGGAUAUAGUGCAUUAGCAACAGAAAUGUGCAAAGCCGUGAUAAAACUUUUGUUGCCGAGGUAUAUACAUCUCGGGCGAGAUUAGGUCGUGCUGUAUGUACAACAUUGCGAACUGUCUGCGACAAAUCCCGCCGCUUCGCAACAAGACCCCUCGUCCCGGAAAGACAUAAAAACAAAGCUAAAACCGGACGGCAUCCGUGCUGUCGUCAAGCCAAUACUACCCAAACGCCAAAGAGCCAUGGUAAGCAUGAUGCAGAGGCCAAUAAAAAUGCAGGCGUGACUUUCGCAUAACCAGAUAAAUCAUCAUCGCCCUUCAGAGCUCGUCCAAGUCUGG